UAACUGUAAAGGUAUAUUACACCUCUGAAAAAGGGAUGAUGCAGUCUGGAGAUGACCUCUGUUUUGACUAUAAAGACCGAAUAGAUGAAACCAUAACAGUCGUGAUGGCCAAUCAGCCUGCCAGAGAUGCUAUUGCAGUUGGUGCGUUACAAGGACUGAGAAACAGGUCAAGAGGCCAAAGAAGACCAAAUCCUUUUUCCCCACCGCAAACUGCAGGAUAUCCACCUGUAAAUAAAAACGGACAGUCUUGGCCUGUUAAACUUUUAAUGCUUCUUGUAUACAAAGCUGCACAGAUCAAUAACCUUGACUUGCUGCAAUUCAUCUUCAGAACCUCAGCUGGGACUUCAGUUUUCAAUCGCUACAAGAACAAUGAUGUAUUACCUGAAGAUGUUGCUCGAGCGAAUGGAAAUGCAUUCUUGGGAAACUACCUAGAGAAUAUGAACAAAAGGUUAUCAACGGAAGUUGGUGGCGAUGACAACAUUGAAACUAUUCACUGGUUAGAACUUAAACAUGCCUUGGAGGAGAAACAAAAUCUUCAUGGUACUGAUGAUGCCCAACCGGUAGGUUACCCAGAUUGCGAUGUGAACCAGAGUGACUACGAAGCCGAUGAUGAAGUAACCUCCUCGUCAUCACCAUCUAGCACUGACGCAGAUGGCAGCGAAAUAGAUGAUUCAGAACGUAAAGAUCAUGGUCAAAAUAAAAUGGAUUGUAAAUUGUCUCAUGAACAGGAGGUGAGUGCGUCUGUUUUAGAUGCUGUUACAAAUGUUGCAUCGCACCUAAAUCAAGAAAGAGCUGACCCUGCAGAGAACCACGCUGAUGUUGAAUUAGGCUCUAGAAUUGGAACUAACAGGACUGCUUCAUGCCAAAACAUGGAGCCCAUGGACAGCAUGAGCAGAGUGGGUCCCUGUCUCCAAACGACAACAAAAAACACCUUUUGGAAACAGUUUUGUGAUGAAACAGAUCAAAAGGAAGAACAGGACAACCUUGAUCAUCUGGUUUACAACCAGGAAGGAACUGACGCCGCUGAUGACCACGUUUUCACUUCUGCUGUUACAACAAUCAGUGGAGUGUCCAAAAAUUUCACUAAAAGGGGUUCUGAAGUUGAAAAAAGCAGCAAAGCUUCACGUCACAUACAAGAGGCUAUAUCCAGUGUAACUAGAGUGCUGCCGUGUACAGAAAAUGUGGAGAGGCUGGUUGGCCCCUUUAUCCAGACGAAAACAGAAAACACCCUUUAUGAAGGUACUUGUGAUAAAAGAGGUCAAGAGGAGGAACUGGACAAUCACGAAGAGCUUACAGGGGUUGCUGAUGACUCUCAGACACUAGCUGUGGACUUUCUCUCCAAACCAAAAUAUUCAGGCUGUUGGCACAUGACUUCUGGUGUGAGUAUACCACCACUUCUACGUAUGGACAAUAGGAGGGAUAUUCAAACUUCAGAAGAGUCACCUGUCAACACUUCAACUGCAUUUCCAGCUUGUAAUUCAUCUCAAGCAACACGUGCUCAACUUGCUAAAUUAAAAAACCCUAAGCCCUUCGAUGCGUCAGCUACUUUACCCGCAGAUGAGGUGAGAAAUUACACCUGUACUUACCUCGUGUUUUGAACUGAAUUAUCCUGUGUCUUGCUUAGCAAAG